AAAACCUACCCUCUCCACUGCCACUGCGGCACAAUCCGCCUGACCAUGAAAAUCUCACCACCACUCUUCCCAUCCUCCUCCUCCUCCUCUUCCGAGCCAAACAACCAAGACGUAUACCCCGUAGGAGAAUGCAAUUGCUCCUUUUGCGAAAGAAACGGCUACUUAAGCGUCCACCCAAGAGCUUCAAACGUCGAAAUCACUCGGGGAGAGGAAGCGAUAACGAAGUAUAAAUUUGGAGCGAAACAAAAUCCGCAUUGGUUUUGCAAAAAUUGUGGGAGUGUGAUUGCGACGGAUUUAAAG